UGAGGCGGUGGCGGUGGCUCCGGCCGGCGCUGGGCCCGUUGCUAGGGGCAGCGGGCCUGCGGCCUGCCCUCGGGAGGCCGAGCCUGCGCCUCUCCCGCGCCGCCGGCCCGGCCGUUGGGCCGCCUGCGCGAGUGGCGCCGGGCGCCUGCGCGGUGGCGGAGCGGAGUGGCUCCUCGCCGUGGCGGUGGGGCGAUCCGCGUCAAAGAGGAGCAUCCUCCUCCUCCUCCUCCUCCUCCUGCUCGCAGUCGGAGGGAUCCUCAGCUGGAGACGAGAUGUCAGACCCCAUCCCCAUCAGAGCCAAGAAACUGCGGCCCAGACUCCACGGCAGGAGCAGCCUGCAGAGCGCCGAGCCCGUGGAUUUACACAAGACAGGGACUCUGAAACAAAUUCAUUGCUCUCAGUCACUACCUGGAACUCCACUCUCUUUGAAAACUUUUCCUAUCAAUCUCCCUACAUCCAUGGAUGGAAAGUUUAAGGAGAUUGCAGAGGAGCUGUUCACCCGAUCUUUGACAGAAAGUGACAUGAGAACUGCUCCCUAUGAAUUUCCAGAGGAGAGUCCCAUCGAGCAGCUGGAGGAGCGGCGACAACGAUUAGAACGUCAGAUCAGCCAGGAUGUGAGACUAGAACCAGAAAUUUUACUCAGAGCCAAACAGGACUUCAUGAAAAUUGACAGCGCUGCCGAUCUACAAUACUACAAAGAUCAAAUUGAUUCUGCAGCAGAGAAGUAUCCAGAAGAGCAAGAACAUGAUCUUCAGGAAUUUCAACGGGUUAGCAUAUCAGGAGAAGAAAAGUGUGGGGUCCCCUUCACUGAUCUUCUAGAUGCUGCUAAGUGUGUUGUCAAAAGUCUUUUUAUCCGAGAAAAGUACAUGGCUUUAUCCUUGCAGAGCUUUUGUAAGACAACUAAAAGGUUUCUAGAGCAGCUGGGAGACAGGCAAUGUCAUGUAAAUUUAUAUGAUGAAAUGCCAGAAACACCCAUUUCACCAGACUCGUAUGUCCACUCACCGUUUGCUGAGGAACACCCGUACAAAAAUUGUGACCCAAAUUUAAUGCCAGAGGAUAUUGGGUUUGGCUGCAAAAUGAUCGAUGGGGUCACCCAUGUAUAUUCUAAAUCAAAUAUAAUGGACAAGUCUACAGAAAUGGAUUUGCCUUGUCCAAAUCUUCAGGAGUUCACUGCUGACAUGAAUGUUUUAAUGGCUUUAAUAAUCAAUGGACCAGUGAAAUCCUUCUGCUAUCGCCGCCUGCAGUAUCUGAGCUCUAAGUUUCAAAUGCAUGUCUUGUUGAAUGAAAUGAAGGAGCUGGCUGCACAGAAGAAAGUACCACAUCGAGACUUCUACAAUAUUCGCAAAGUUGAUACACACAUUCAUGCAUCAUCCUGCAUGAACCAGAAACAUCUACUCCGUUUUAUCAAGCGUUCAAUGAAGAAGAACCCAGAUGAGAUUAUUCACGUGGAAAACGGAAAAGGGCAGACUCUGAAGGAUGUCUUUGAGAGCAUGAACCUCACAGCGUAUGACCUUAGUGUGGACACGCUAGAUAUGCAUGCGGAUCGAAAUACCUUCCAUCGGUUUGAUAAAUUCAAUGCCAAGUACAACCCAAUUGGAGAAUCAAUUCUGCGUGAGAUUUUCAUCAAAACUGAUAAUUACAUCGGUGGCAAAUAUUUUGGUCACAUUAUAAAGGAGGUGAUGGAAGAUCUCGAAGAAAGCAAGUACCAGAAUGCAGAAUUGCGCUUGUCCAUAUAUGGCAGAUCUCGGGAUGAAUGGGAUCGACUGGCAAAGUGGGCAGUGAGGCACAAGGUCUAUUCUAACAAUGUGUGCUGGCUGGUGCAGGUGCCACGCCUUUUUGAUGUCUUCCGUACAAAGAAACAGCUGAACAACUUCCAAGAUAUGUUGGAGAACAUUUUUAUUCCCAUUUUUGAAGCAACAAUUAAUCCUCGUGAUCACCCAGAGCUUCACUUGUUCCUUCAGCAUGUUGUGGGCUUUGAUAGUGUCGAUGAUGAGUCCAAACCAGAACACCAUAUUUUCAAUGCAGAUAGCCCAUUGCCUGUGAAUUGGACAGAAGAUGAUAACCCACCAUAUGCCUAUUACCUUUACUACAUGUAUGCGAACAUGACUGUGCUGAAUCAUCUCCGCAAAAAAAGAGGAUUCAAUACAUUUGUUUUACGGCCACAUUGUGGAGAGGCUGGUCCCAUCCACCAUCUCAUAUCUGGAUUCAUGCUUUCGCAGAGUAUCUCUCAUGGUCUUCUGCUUCGAAAGGCUCCAGUGCUGCAGUAUCUGUACUACCUGGAUCAGAUUGGAAUUGCAAUGUCUCCUCUGAGCAACAACAGCCUUUUUCUGAGUUACCAUAGAAACCCACUACCUGAGUAUCUCUCCCGUGGUCUAAUGGUGUCUCUCUCUACUGAUGAUCCUCUACAGUUUCACUUUACCAAGGAGCCACUGAUGGAAGAGUAUAGCAUAGCUGCCCAAGUAUGGAAGUUGAGCUCCUGUGACAUGUGCGAGCUGGCACGGAACAGUGUAUCGAUGAGUGGCUUCUCUCACAAGAUAAAGAGUUACUGGCUUGGACCGAACUAUCAGAAGGAGAGCAUAGAGGGCAACGAUAUCCGUCGUACCAAUGUUCCAGAUAUCCGGGUUGGUUACCGCUAUGAAACACUGUGUGAAGAGCUGAACUUGAUCACACAGGCAUUAAUCACUGCAGAACGAUGGGAGAAUGAAGCCAUAAACAUGACUCCGGUGUCCGAAUAAUGAUAAGCUGCUAUUAUAAUAGGUGAAUGGUGGCCUUCACAUGGAAGGGCAGUUGUUUAAAACAUUUUAACUAAGAUUAUCUGUAGAUUGCUAGAGUAUCUGACUAUGUUUACCCUCACUGUAUCAUUAAUUAUUAUUACUUGGAACUUAUGAAAUUGAAACUAUUUGGAAAGUUAACCAUCUGGUAUACACACAAUAGUUUCUACCUUGCAUUAUGCUUGUUUUUAUAGUAAUGUGUGAAUGAUUUAAGUAUAGUUGAUUACUCUUUUGGACAACCUCUUUGACUGAAUGUCAGAGCUAUCCAGGGUGGGUGGGUAACAUACACACCACACUAUUUUUGUCGUGACUGUGACCGUGAUGAUUCUUUUGGCUUGCCCCCAAAAGAUCUACCUCUCUGCAUUCCAAGAGAUGCUUUGGUUGCGCAGGAGCACCCGACUUUAUGACCAUUAAAUAAUUUCUGGAUAGUACUAAAAGUGAAGUAGCACCAGUAAGCAUGUUAGGCAUUCCCACAAGCAUGAUGUGACUUGGAUAUUUAGAAACUGAAUAGGUUUUUUGGUUAGUGAUGUGCAUAGUGAGCACCCCAAUUAUAUAUGUUUACUGUUAAAUAGGGGUGACCUCAUGAGUGUUGUAAGCAAUCAUUUAUUUUUAACUUUCUGUCCAUUCUGGUGAUAAUUCCACCCUUGGCUUAUUGUUUGUGCAUUGGAGUAAGGUGUGUAAUCCACACCUCAGUCCAGUAAUUAGGAGCACAUUAUUUACAAUGACUGUUCACUUCUGUACUAAAGAAUUGCUGUAUUGUCAGAGAUGACAUUGUUCCACCUGAGUUUAACUUGUGUUCCAAAGGGCAUAAAGGAUAACAACGUUAUGUCCUCAAACUUCUCUAAUAUUCAUCCUGGAAAACAAAACUGUUGAAAGGAGAUUAACUAGUAAUUUAUCUCAUUGUUAUUAAUGAUUCCUUACUGUGCUUAAUUUGGCUGGUGUUUAUGCCUUGUAGACGAACACUGAUUUAAAUUUCAAAAGUUACCAAUGACCUAUAAAGUGCUCUGGGACAUCCCGACAGCUUGAAAUAUUUUUAAGUUUUAUCUUUGACCCUAUCUCAUUUUUAAUGAGUAUCAGACUUUUAGAAGGAGAGACUAGAUCUAAUUAAUCAAUUAAUUUUUCUUAUGGUUUUCUAUAUCCAGUCCAGGGUAGAACUAACGUGGAACUCGUCAAUCCAUGACCUUAAUGAGCUUCCAGCAACUCCAUCAGAAUUUAAGAAGUAGGAGCAGGAGUAGGCCAUCUGGCCUGUCCAAGCUCAUGAACGUUAGACAGUUGCAUUCAAUAUUAGUCGCAGACUGAGGUCGUUUGCAGUAUGUGCAUUAAUAAAUGAUGCAGAUUUCUUUUUUUAAAAAAAUAAGUCCAGUUUUGAGUUUUUAAUUCAUUUGUGUUUUAGUUAUAGUUAUUUGUAGGCUCUCUUAAAUAUGUUGGAAAAUUGCCUGGUGUUAUUGUUGAAGAUGCUUUUAAUGGACUGCUGUUCAGUAUUUGAGCCCAGAAUCCUGUUCCCUGAUAGCCUUGCAAAGGUCCAUGUCCGUAGUUUGGUUUUAGAAAAUGUCAGUAGGUUUGCACUGUUGACUUGACAGCUUUGCUCCUCGUACAGUAGAUGAUUACUAACCAGAGCACUGGGACAGUGGCUAUGAAACAGUCUCUUUUUGCUCUCUGAUGAAAUACUGCCACUGCACCAGAGUAAUUUCCUGGUAAACAAUGAUGUGUCCCUUGAUUCCAUCCCCAAACCAUUAACAGUACCUCAGGAUGUAUGUCAUAAUCACCUUGUUACACAGCAAAAAUGUACAUUCCCAGAUACCAGGUCAGGCAGAGAUGCUGUCAUAUGAAGUUUGCAUGCAGCCAUGUUGAAUGAUGAUCUUGUCUGAAAUACCUGUGAGGCUGAAGUUGAGGCAGCAAUCAUGCAUGGAUUCCAUGUUCGCAUGUUUUCCCUUCAAUCCUUUUUAUUAUUGUGUUGCUUUAAGUCUGAGGUCAAAUAUUUUUCUGGGAUUAUCAUUUUUCUAAGAAGUGAAUUAGGUAUAGUCUAAUUUUUAAUUGUUUCUCAACUCAAAUGUUGCAAUGAAACUAGUCUAAAAUUUGCUUAGGGUGCAAAUUAGGGUAUUAGUGGAAAUGGCAUAUAUGGUGCUUUUCUGCACGUGCAGUCUCAUUCUUUUCCGGAGUCAUGGAUAGUUUUUGAAUCAAAUCUUGCUAAUUGAUUAAAAUACAAGAGAAAAACCUAGCAUGCAACAAACAGUAAUAACUAUUAAAAACAGUUAGUACUGACAAACUCCUAUGCAUGGAUGGGUUCAGUUACUGAGUCUUUACUCUGGUAGAGAACAUCAGAACCUCCAUUAUUAUUUAUGUAACUCAAAUGAAUUUUCUAUUACCUAUGGAUAAAGUACUCCUUAAUGGAUAUCCGUGGAAUCUGUCAUCAAAGGAAGGAAAAAAAACAAUUUUCUGUGUGGGUCUCAAUGCUGCUGCACUGAGAUUAGGCUAUAAAAGCAAAUUUAAGUUAAAUAACAACUCCUUCAGGCUAUUAAUUCAUGGUGCAAAACUAGCUUUUAUUAUUUAAAAUUAAACCUAUACCUUAGAGUGUUUCACUAUGUUGGAGAGAGAUAACAUGACUUUAUUAUCGUUGAACUCAACUGGUGUGAUUUAAAUACCUGUGCAGCUUUGCAGUAACUGACUACUUGAUGGUUGUAAUUGGCACUUUUGUGUCAGUGCACCUGAAGUGUGUCCUAUUGCUUGAAAGAAAGUUAGUCAGAUCUGUGUUAGUCAAACAUGGAUUUUUGAGUGUUUACAAGAAAUUACUUCAGGAUGAAGCACUAGCCAAUGUGAGUCAAUAUUCAGUUUACAAUCAGUAAACCAACCUGACAGUGAUGUUAUAGUAGUGGACUUAUGAUUAACUGAAUCCGAUCUAUUUUGAUCAGUAAUGAUUAGAAAUAGAAAAAGUUCUUGUGUUUUGUUGCUGACUCCAAACAUACUGUAUCAGGCAAAGUGCAACAUGUACCUCAGGGCAUGGGCAACAAUCAUGACUUUGGCCAGGCAAAGCAGGUAGUUUAGUGCGAAGGUGGGAUUGAGUGAGGUGGCUCAUGUGAGGGCAGUAAGCGAGUAUGGGCACAGACUCUGUGGCCUGACUGAACAAUUUUCUUUGUGCAUUUGAACUAGUUCUAAAAUGAUUGAAUUUUGCACUUUCAAUAUUGUUCAAGAUUUCUGUCGUACAUCCCAACUAGUUCACUUUAAAUAAACCAAACUUUAGGUGCCCUGCACGAUUCACCAAUAUUGAGGGUAUCCUACUCGAUAAUUAACAAAUCUGAAGCCCAACCUCCUUGGAUUUUUUUCUCCAUGGUAUCUAAUUUUAUCCUGAGCAUAAACAUUGAAAGUGUUCUUUUUGUAAAAUAUCUGUGUGCACAGCGUGUUUUGAGAUUUAAAUGGGAGCUGUCAAUGGCAGAGAUUGUUAUUUAGUUCCAUUGCAAUGGUUUAAGAAUCUAGCGGUACGUAUAUUACCACAGGCUAUUCCCAUGUAGGCCUAGAAAUACUUUCACUGUAGGAAACUCCCAUUAUAAUAUGUAAGCCUAUAGGCUGAUUGACUACAUGUAAUCAUAUCUAUUAAGAUUUAUUAGAGGUUGGUGUAUAGCAUGUGCUUCUUGUAAUUGUCAUAGUUCCACUUUGCACUUUCUAAAUAACAUUCCUAUUGUUAGAAACAAAGGCAAUGCCACAGGUCACCUAGAAAUAUUGCAAUAAUCUGGAAGAACUUAAAAUUAAUUAGUGAGUGGCUAUCUAAUGAAGCAAAUGUUGGUCACAUUUCUACUUGGAAAAUCAAACUCCUUUUUGUUGAAAUCAGGAUAGUCAAGUUAGCUCUUCCACAUUAUAAGCAGAUACUGCAUGUUGGAUUGGAUAACCUUUUCAAAUCACUAAUAUUUUGAGUGUGAUCCUUAUCAAAACAUUUUUGUUUCUAUGUCAGAAUUACUGCUUUGAAGGUUAUCUCCAGACUGUGGAUAACACAGUGACUUGGUUUGGGUAAUGUCUGACUUGUUGUGGACAAGUAGGAAAAUGUGAAUUAAUGGUGAGUUAUGAACAUCCAUGCUGAAGAACUGAAGCUCUAGUUUUCAGCUGAUCCAGAGCUGAGGAGCUCCCAGUGAAGGUAAACUCAAGGGUUCAGAAUCUUGUACAUUUCUAUUCUGAGUUGGGCAUCCCAUUUCCAGACAUGCACAUAACCUAUUUUGAUGCUUCAUGGAGCAUUGGAUUGUUAGAGAUCCCUUCAUCUUCCAGGUUGUUCCAUCAAAUGUUACACGCAUUCUAAAUUUAACAUUUCUGGCUUGUGAUUAAUGAUAGAUGUUAAUCUCCGUAUGUACUUAGCGCACAAGAAAACAACCAUCCUUCACCUCUUCAGUAAGUUUUGUAUUGUCAGAUUUGCUUAAUGAGUCUCAGCUCAUCCUUACCCCAUUUCCUGUUGAAGAUCAAAAUGUGAAUAGGUUUUGUAAAUGCCCAGAGGAGAGGGACAAACCUACAGAUAUCGACACGGUAGUUGGCUCGAAAUUCAUUUACUCGACACCAUCCUACUCUGCUUCUGAAGUUUGGUUCCCUUGAAUUCGAUGGAACCAGCCAUUACCCAAAGCGUUACCCAAAUGGGGAUGAGUUUCUAAGCAAUUAUUCCUUUUGUUGUUUACCUAAUGAUCAACUGAAUAUCUAAAACAGUUGCUUGUACUUUCAUAAGCAUCCCUAGUUACACUGGAGAGAAACUAUAUAUAGUUUACUGUCAGCUGCAUAUAGUCAAUAGUGAUGUUUAUAUACAGUAUUUCUUUUGUUUAUAAAAUGUGAAAACCCUUUGGUAAAGUUAUCUCUCUAACCAAGGAUGUUUACAAAGCAAAGAAGUCUGUCAUCAAUCACAAUAUUCAACUAUAGUAGAGAUAUAUAGUCGACAUCUGUUUUUGUUGAACACUGCCAGUGUUAUUUCCACAAACCUGUCAUACUCUAUAAUCCACUUUACUCAAUGUAUGAAACAGUUAUGGACUUUCUGAAUUAAGUUAUCUGUUUUAUAAGUUGGUGAUCUCUCUUGAAGCUAUGAUAGUAGCUCCAUGUGUAGAUUGUAUCAGAAACAUUAAGUUCCUUCUGCCGCCAUUAUUUAGAUUGUGCUUAAUUGCUUUCUCUGCCGUUGAAGUACUUCAUAACUUGCUGAAAAUUGUGAGCUGUAUGGAGGUCUUGAGUGGUUAAGAGGUGUGAUUGGGACUUGAUAUUUGUGUUUUCACCUGGAACACAGUUAUCGCCAAUGCAGCCUGAAGCAGGUCAAGUAUCAUGCCAGUAGCUCACACCCAAUUUUUGAAACUUUGCACUCACUGGGUUUGUAUCCAAAAGUAAUAUGUGAUUUUUAUGUGAUGACAGAGGGGUGGCAGAAUAAGGAAUGGUUUUUAAUACUCAAUGUAGAUUACAUGACACUGUUAAGAGGUUUUACUUUUUUAAAAACAAAAAAAAAGCUCUGGUGUUUAUUAAGUACUUCUUGGAAAGCACUGGACUAGUGGUUGUAUUGUUGCAAAGUGCCGGUCUCAUUCGCAGCCUGCCUCAUUAGUUACUGUUCUCUACAGACACUAAAGCGCAUGGGGCUUAGUGCUUACUCACACUUGUAAGGAUUAUGCUCCGUAUUACUCAUUCCUGCUAUGGCAGACACACUGGCCUGUCAUUUGCCACCUUUCACAAUUAGUUAAAUCAAAGGGAAAUUGAUGGGCAUGUGUGAGAGAGAAUAAGUUGCAGGGAUACAGGGAAAUGAAGGAGAUGGGGUAAUGGGAUUGCUCCCCUGGGAGCUGGCAUGGAUCUGAAGGAUUGAGUAGCCUGCUUUUAUAUCUUUAUAAGAGAAGUGUGUAUCUUGCUUGUGUUUUUGUUGCUGGAAGUUGAUCUUUUGCUUGACUAUCAAUAAGUGCUGAUUUACACGCAAAAAUAUUCAGACCAAAUGUGAAUGAAAAGCAAAUCUUUAUAAUUUGGAUUUACCAUAUUACAUCAAAUUGACUUUUUCUUUAAAUGUAGAAAUGCAUCCACAAAGGUUUUGAUGGUACUUGAAACUUGUUCACAAAUGUAAUAAUCUUGCAGAUUGGUAACCAUCUAUCCUGCAGCAAGGAAAAAGGUGGCACUAGAUUGUAAAAGUCCACAGUUUAGGACCUGAAGUUAAACACGUAUCAUUGUCAUGGAAUGUUUGAAGCAUGCUUGAAUUACUAGGUUUGAGUAGUGUGUGGUUCAAACAAUGGGGAAAUUUUCUUUGAUUUCAGAUCCUAACAUUUGGCUUUGCUAGUAGCAGAUUUAACCAAAUAAAGAGUGCUGAUCUGUUAAUCAUUUGCCUUCCCUAGCUGUUCUGGCCUCUGUGCAAUUUCAGUAUGGUUGCCUCAUAACAGCCUUCUAAGGCGGCCAGGCUACCCACUUGUUUGAAACCGCUUCAGUGUGAAGGCACACCUUCUCAGAUUGUCCCUUGGGAUUGAGAUUCCACUCCACUUCUGUGGGUUCUGGGGUGGCUAAUGAGGUCAAUAUAGGAAUCCCAGACUCUUCCACGGGGGGGAAGGAGGUGGUGGAUGGGGUGGGUGGAGCUAGGAAGGGGCACUAAGUGGUAGCAACAGCACAUCUGUAUGUUACAGGUCGUUUUGACGUUAUGCAGCUAUUGUAUAACAUUAUGGUAAAUGAGGAUUUCUCUAAUUUGUUUAAUUACUGGAUAUCAUCUGUUGUUUGAGUGUAUUAAAUGCCACCUUUGCACUGUGAUUGCUUGUUAAUUCUGUUCAUGGAGAUUGCUGAAAAAAAAUGUAAUUAUGCUAAAGUAUUGCAAUAAAAUUAUUGAAAAAUU